UUUCCAAAACCUUUCAUGUUCUUCUCAGACUGUUUGAAUAGUGGUAAACAUGGCUAUAUAUUGUUUGUUUACAGAGAUGCAGAAGAUGCAGUUUAUGGAAGGAAUGGUUAUGAUUAUGGCCAGUGUCGUCUGCGUGUUGAGUUUCCCAAACCUUCCAGAGGUCGGGGUGGAGGCUUUGGUGGGGGGCCUCGUGGGAGGAAUGGCCCUCCUUCACGACGAUCUGAAUUUCGAGUCCUUGUUUCAGGGCUUCCUCCAUCAGGCAGCUGGCAGGACCUGAAGGAUCAUAUGCGUGAAGCUGGUGAUGUAUGUUAUGCAGAUGUACAGAAAGAUGGAAUGGGGGUGGUUGAGUUUCUUCGCAAAGAAGAUAUGGAAUAUGCACUGCGUAAACUGGAUGACACCAAAUUCCGAUCUCAUGAGGGUGAAACAGCCUAUAUCAGAGUUUGUCCUGAAAGAAGCAUCAGCUACGGCUACUCGCGCUCCCGUUCUGGUUCAAGGAGUCGCGAUUCUCCAUACCAAAGCAGGGGAUCACCACGCUACUCUUCGCCCUUUAGGCCAUUCUGAUCGCACCCAAUAGGGACUUGUAACAAUGUGAACUGAGCUUGUUAUUUCUGCUCAGAGUUUACAUUCCAAAAUGGAUGGAUAUAGUCUUUCGUAGAAAACUUUUUGGUUUUUUUUUUCUUUCUAUUCAAUAAAAUCUUUUUUUUUUAUGACAACUGUUUUUACUAGGGAAAUGUUGGUAAUGAAGUAUUAUAAACCAUUGCCACUUAAAAUACGUUUUAUUUGGAAAAUGUAAGUUGUUUUUGUUUUCCUUCUCAAGGAAGGAAAAUGAGCUUGAAACUCAUACACUUUAAUAGUUUGUCUGCUGGAUGGGCUUUAAAGCAGUGGAGCAAGGCCUAUUGGUGGUGUUUUGAAAUAUAUUCCAAUGUUUCUGUAACUCUUAAGUGGGUGGCUGUCCUUUUGUGCAGUAAGGGUGGAAAGUGGAGAUAAACAGCUGACCCUGGAUUUUAAGUUGCUUUCUCUUACUGGGUUAAAGAAGCAUUUUAAAGUUUUUGCUCACUGCAGGCAUCAUAGUGGAAACAUCAAAGGGAUGUUUAAACUGUUCUGCUAUAACGCCAGUAUAAUUACUUUUACUGGCUGUUUUGAUAGGUAAUUUCACAAAUAGUGUCCAGGAAAGAUUUUACCAAGCCUGGGAGCAGGGAAGGGUUAAGAGAGCAGGAUUAAUACAAAUUAAUGGCUUAAUGGGAGAGACUGAAAAUUUGGGAAACUUAUUGGGGAGGGAGUGUUCUGUGCUUCUCACUAACUGCAAAAUAUGUCCAAUUUUAGCAUUUCUUGAAGUUCUAUGGAAGUCCCAUCAUUAAUUUGAUCCAUAAAAUAAAAUGGAUUUCAGUGGUUUUGUGCUUAGUUAACUUGUAAAAUGAGGUGUUUCAUUUGAAUUCUGUGUCCGUAACUGUCAAUUUAUUAAGAGCUUAUAAGAUUCAUUUUUAGCCAUCUUGCAAGUUUAGAGAAAGUGCUGCCAACUUACAGCUUUAAGAAUAUUUUGAAACUUUGCUCAAGUGAAUGGCUGCAAAGACCUAGUCCCAGGUCUUCUACUGAAUUAAUACCUUACUGCAUCAUAUUAUAGCUGCAGUCACAUGAACACUUAUAGGAAAAUAAAACUAACACAAUUUUGGUAUAAAAAUGGGUUAGGCUACUUGUGUUGUAUUUGAAAUACGAUUAAUAUACAAUGUAAGUUAAAAAAAAUAAUUAUAUAGCAACAUUUGGCUAGAAAAACACACAGCAACAUGUCCACUGCAACAUCAAAUGUGGGAUAUUUGUCAAAGUCUCCAUUUUUUGCUUCCAUUUAUUAAUCUGCUAUUCAAUAUUUCUUAGUUGAUUUGUUAAGGACUAACAGCACAUCUUGUUUCUGGAAAGCUCCCGCAUACGUUCUUAUAUUCAUUAUAUAGCAUGAUAGUGAAUUGUCAGUGGAGGGGAAAGCAUCUGUGCAGUCCAGAGCAUACGCACCUAAAGCAGAUGCCACUAAAUAGUGGCUGGGGGUCAAAAUGUGCUGAGUAAAA